CCACCUGGAUGACCAGGGGCCACACCCUGCCUCUGUAUCUACCUGGACAUCAUUCCUGCAGAUUCUGUUUCCACUCAUCAGCUGAGUGGAAAGUUUCUUCCUUUUGCAGCCCCGAAGCCCUCAGCAUCCUCUGGGUUUAUCAUCUGUUAAAAGAAUAAAAUGAGCUGCUUCACAUUCACCAAACUGCUGACGGUUCUCCUCCUCCUGCUUGUCUUUCUGAUUGGUCUGACUCUUCUGGCACUGGGAAUAUGGGUGACUGUGGAUGGGAAUCAUUUCCUGCAUCUCCUGUGGCCUUUCUCCAAAGACUACCUGACGUUCAUUAAUGUGGGCCUUUUCUGCAUCGCCAUGGGGACCGCGCUAGUGGUGCUGGGACUUCUGGGAAGCUGUGGGGCUCAUAAGGAAAGCAAGUUUCUCCUUCUGACGUUCUUCUCCAUCAUCAUGGUCGUUUUCCUGACUGAGGUGGCAUCUGCAGUCAUGGUUCUGAUCUACUCUUCAUUUGCUAAAGAAAUCUUCCAUGAGUGGGCCAUUCCUGCCUUACAGAACGAUUACGGCAUUGAUCCGAUGGUCACUGAGAUCUGGAACGCCACCAUGAUAGAGUUGAAAUGCUGUGGUUAUUCAAACUUCACUGACUUUAUGGGCUCAGAGUUUGAGGAGCAGAGCGGAAACGUGCUUCCUGCCACCUGCUGCAUCAACAGCGACCCCUGCAGCCCAACUGAGGCGGCGCGCCUACCUGUGCAGGGCUGCUUUGAUCACAUCGUGGAAACCCUGAGAGAAGAAAGCAACAUUGUGGGAGGCAUCGCAGCUGGAGUCGGGCUGUUAGAGAUCGCUGCCAUGAGCAUCGCCAUGUAUCUCUUCUCACGCCAGGAUGAAAAAGUCAGCUGAAGUUACUUCUCCCAACCUGGGAAAUCCUGCUGCUCUUCUUAAAUGCACCUCAGAGAAAAGUGACGCUGUUUAAGGUUCACUUAAUUUAGAUUUAGCUCAGAGAGAAAACCUUUAAGAAUAUCUAUGUACGAUGAAUGCAUUUCAAUAAAACACCUAAUUCAUUAAUUGUUUGUUUUAAUGACACAUUACUGAGGUGUUUCUAAUCAUUUCAGGUCAUUCAGGCAGGUUUUGAUUAUGAAACAGAAGAAAAUUUGGCCUCCUGGAUGAAACAGAAGGAAAGGAAAUAGCUUUGGUAGAUGAGAGGAAAGAAUGUGUGACACAUGGAUAGACUUUAACACAGCAGAGCUUCAUCAUCCUGAGGGAUCAGAGCUGCUGCUGAAGGUCAAAGCUGAAGGACAGGAAGCCAGAUGAACCCAGGAACCACAGAACCACAGGUUUACAUCCCAACCAUCCAACGCUCACAUUUCCUUUAUCUGGUUU